CGCUCUUUAACGCUGCACUUGUAAUGUGUCUAAUAGGCAAACCUCGGUGCUGGAGUCCAGCCAGAUACUUUCAAUGUUCUUUUGUCGGCCAGUGUAAACAGAUAAAAUGUGUUGUGUAACUAUUUCAAAUAGCGAAUGGAGAGGACAUUGUUGUAUGCUGCCGUGACAGAAAAAAAAAAAAACUAACUAAAGUUUACAUUAUUCGCCAUUGUUUUGGGUUUUCAAUGUAUUCACACAUUUUGUUUCUCUAAUAAAUCUUUAAACGAUUUAUUAUUUUAACCCGCAUGCUUAAGUGUAGUGUAUUCGGAGUAAAUAUAAGCGUUUUGUCUGUCAAACACUUUAACGUAAAUGGUUGCGGUCGCUGGGUUUAAUGAAAAGAUCGCUCUCGUAAGCAGCUGUUUUCCAGCAUAGUGGACCGUAUGUGUGUGUAUCCGAUAAGCCGUAAUUGCUGGUUUGGAUGUGUGUUAUGUGUCGAGUGCAUUCCUCGUUCACGUUUAUAGUGCUGGUGUGUCUUCUGAAGCGCGAGCGACUCCUUAAGGUGCCACACCGCAUCAUUUCAACAGUCUGCCUGCAGAUCUGCGCUCAGCCUCACAUGCACUUCCAGUCCCCAGUGACGUCACCGUGUGUGCAUGCGAGGAUGAACGCAGGUCUGAGGGAAACCUUACUUGAUCCGAGCCCGGUUUCACUUCGUUGAGUUUAAUGAUUGCCAAUAUAAAUCCACACACAAAUAAAUGUAAACUAUUCAUUUAUUUCCUCGUUUUCUUGCUUUAAAACCACACAUUUCUUAUUGUUAUGAUAUAACAGUUUAUAUGAUGAAUGCUGUGAUUGACAUCAGUCAAUCACGAGGAGUGUCAUCACGAGAUUAUUCAACAAUUACUGACACGUUGUGCGCGGCGUGAUUGGGGUUACUGAAGUGAAAAUGUAACCUAAUGGUCUCGUUUCACACUCGUUUGUUACACAUUUACUGGGUUCCAUUCUGAGAUCACCAAACGCUAGCGCCAUGAGCGGGGUUCUCAAGAGGAAGUAUGAGGAGGUGGAGGAGGACCCGUGCUACUCUUCCUCCUCCCCUUCCUCUCUCUCCUCUUUUUCUUUCUCUCUCUCUCUCUCUCUCUCUCUCAGCUGCUACUCCGACACCCUGGAUUCGACCCCCAGCAACCCCAGCUCCCCAGCAACAUCCUUAAACACCACAUCUAUCCUGAAGAAGGCCAAGCGCUCACGGCGAGGCAACGUGCAGUUUGACCAGGUUACGGUCUUCUUCUUUCCUCGCUGUCAGGGCUUCACCAGCGUGCCCAGCCGGGGAGGUUGCACCCUUGGCAUGGUACAGAGGCACAGCGCCCAGCGCCGCUACUCAAUAGCGGAGUUUGCCAUAGCACAGCGCCAUCUACGGCGAGAGAAAAUCAAAAACCGAUUAAAGGAGGAAAAACUGGAAGCUCUUAAGCUGAAGCUUACCAAAAAUGGUACCCAGGAGUCCGAAGAGGCUGAUAUGUUGACUAUCGAUGACAUCCCAGAGGAUGAAAUCGACCUCAGCGGAGUAAACUUGGAUGACGGUUCCUUCCUGCAUCCCUACCCCUCCAAGAGAAGAUAUGCCAUCCUCAAAGCCGCUGGCGUGAAAAAGAUCGAUAAAGAUGAGAAGCGUCAACUGCAUGACUUGCGUACGUCGAGAGAAGACUGCGGAUGCGACUGCCAGGGCUUCUGCGAGCCGGAGACCUGCAGCUGUAGUUUGGCUGGGAUCAAAUGUCAGAUGGACCAUUCAUCCUUCCCAUGUGGCUGCACUAAAGACGGCUGUGGGAACAUGGCAGGCCGCAUCGAGUUCAACUCCAGCCGAGUUCAGACCCACUACAUCCACACCAUCAUGAAGCUAGAGCUGGAGAAGCGUUUGGAAGAGCACACGCCAGAGAGCAAAACCCCCUCUGAAGAUCUGCCAGACUGCAGUUCUCCAAUCCACCCAGCAGAGAGCAGCACCACGCCAGACAGACCCACGUUUCACUUCAACUCGGAGCUAGUAGCCGUGGGCGAGAACAGCUGUAGCAGCGACAUGACCGAUUCGUCUAGUUCUUCAGGCCAGAGCGAGGAAUCGGAGUCCGCCGAAAAUGCUCAGAGCGCGCAGUCGCCGCUAGACGUAGACGAAAACGGACUUACGAGAAUCCUAAGCUUUAGCGACACAGACAAUGAGGACUGUUCUGUGACAGAGCAAAACAACAACAACUGCGACUACCAGCAGAAAAAGAGCGAGUCCAUGGGCUACGGCAUCUUCAGCUCGACAGACGACAAGCUUAGCACGUCACAAACGGACAACAGCCGCAUGGCCAUGUCUGAGCUCCUAGACGAGAACGCUAAUCAAGCCAACGCUCUAUUCCACAGUGGCUCCGUCCCCCACACGCCCUCACCCUCCAUCGAUCACUCGGCCAGCUACAUGGACCUGAGCCUCUCAUCCGAAUCAGACCUGGAGUUCUUCGACGGCUUUCCUUGUCUUGGACCGAGCUCGUUGUACAACUCCUUAAAGGAGUACGAACACGUGGACAACUUCUUUCAGUUCCAGUCGCCUACUUACCCUAGCCUUCCACAGGCCGCCGACCCGGGCACAUGUCUCCUGGAGUCUCUGAUUGGCUUGUCGGAUUCGGUCCCAGAACCUCCGGCAACCUUCACAGACAAUCAAAUGCUUGAAGAUGCCAUGAAGCUUUCAGUGAUGGAGUCUGUCAAAGUCUAACGGGGGCUCUUCUGUACAAAUGAACUAAGGGAUUGUAAAUGAAUGCUAUAUGUUUUGUUUUUCUUUACUUUAUGAAUGGAGACCCUCCAUCCCAGGAUAUCAAUAUUUGCAUUAUCUGCCUUUAUGAUGUUAGCAAAGCAUUAAGUUAUUAUAACAAUCUUUAUUAUCAUUAUUGCCAUUGCUGUGGCAGCUAACAUUUCAGUUCAGAAACAAGCCUGGCCGACUGAUUUUUGGAUAUUUGUACAUAAGAACUUCUCACCUACAUUGGUGGUAUUAUCAACAUUUACCAUUACUAUUAAUAUUGCUAAGGUUAUUUAUAUGAAUCCAGAAGGGGCACCAAUGGGAGUCAUAAUGCUGAUUAUGCAUCUCAGGGACUUUUUCUAGCUUUCAGAAGCAAUGCAUUUUGACCAUCGCUGUUAUUUGGCAUUUUUCAGAGAAUUUCCACCAAAACAAACAGCAUUUAAAUGGCCCCCUUUUGGAGGGGCUUCUGUCUCAGUCGUUUUUUGGACUUGAGAUGGUGGUCUGUACUUAUUUUGCAAAGCUAGAGGAAGACUCCUGUUCCACAAAACGGCUCCUUGGGAUUUUUAAACGGUACACAAAUCCCCCAGAGGCUCCUCAGUUAGCACUUUAUCUGUGAAAAAAUGAACCAAUCAGAGCGCAGAUGGGUCAAUGUCACGUGGGCCCCGUCGCCUCUGAAUCUGAGAUUGUUUUCAUGCCAUUUUUUGGUGUUGGAUCAUCAGCACAAGGUGGAGAAAAGUGAACGUUUUCCUUUUAAUUUAUUCUACACGCCACAGAUAUCGCGUAAUGCAACUGUGAUAUCUGUUGACCAUUAUUUCGAAUUGCUUUUAUUUAUUCUUACCGAUUUAUUUAUUAAUUUUUUUUUUUCUCCGAAUGCCAGCUGAAUAUUAUCUGAGCCACACUGUGCUCUUGAGAAGUGGAAAUAAUGCAGCUUGUUCACGUUUCUCACCUACAUUAACCUGUGUGAAGCACAUCUUUAUGUUUCAGCUGUGGAGGAAGGGGCACCAACUGCAAAGUAUUUAAUAAUCUAUUCUAUUACUAUGAAGUAACACUUUUGGUUAAGUUAUUUCACAUUUAGCAUUUCAGCAUUAGAACUUAAUUUAUUCAUGGUUCGGGCAAUAAAGAGAACGGUGUGCUUAACAAAAGAAAAGUUGAGUCUUUGUGCCUGUUAACACGAGGAGCCACUUGAGAUGAUGCUGUAUAACCUACCUAUUGAUUAAAAAUAAUCCAAUGACAUUGCCUAUGAUAUAGAGAAUUAACAUUUUGUAACUAUGUAGAUUUGAGAGAAUUCUAAUCUGUUUAUUGACAAAUUAUUUUAUUAAGGAAUCCACAUUGUUCUUCAAAUAUCGAAACAUUUGUAUUAUAUUAAUAGAGCUAAAUCUAUGCUUGAAAAAUGUUUUCUGGCCAGGCAUAAAGUGGGGGUUUACUUACGAUGUAACUACCUAAACAAAUUUACCAAGAUUGUACUGGGACUGGUUGGGUGAACACAACUGACAACAUGAAUUGUGGGUGUAAAUUAAGUAGUUUCAAAAACGUUUUGUUGAUAAAACCUGCAUAUAUUAUGCAAAUUUGUGUUGCCCAUAUUCACAGUGAAGAAGUUUAUAUGUUUCUGAAUGAGUUUUGAGGAAAUGAAUCGAUGUACAUAUCUGACCAUCCAGACUUCAGCUGUCGGCGCAGAGAUAUUUGACCCGAUAGGAGCAUUUGCAUGCAACACCCGUUCAUUUGUCUCAGUACUACAUGCAUUCAGAGCAAAAAAAAUGCACAAUCAGAAAUGUAUUUGCUUCAUUUUUGCCUUCAUGUGCUGUUCUUGAAGCAUUCAUUGAGUGCAGCUUCUUAUUCCCUUGUAAAGAUGUAUCACCUCAUCACCAUGAAAUGGAAAUGAUUGGUAUUUAUUAGUCAUGAUUGAUGUAUGUUUUGAUCUCUGAUGCUUUUCAAAGUGUUUCUUACUUCUGCCUUUUUUGUUGUAUAUAUUUUCUGCUUCAAUGAAACUAAAGACAAAACCAAGCUGUUCUUUUAUAUUAUAUAUUUUCACGCUUAAAAGUUUAAAGCUGUUCAUUUCAUUCAAGUCAUUUGACAGUAGUUUGUCCCUUCAAAAUAAAAGUCAAGCUUUUUCUUA